GCCGGGCCGCCUCCCCCAUCCCCGCCCCCGGUUCCCUAGUUGUGCCGGGUGGCUGGACGGGAGCGGAGCGCCGCGCUGCCAGCCCGCCCCGUCCCCGACCGCGACCCGAGCGGGCAGCGCGGGCGGGGGGGAGCCGCGGCCCCAUGCGCUGAGAGCGGCGGGAUGGGGCUGCGGGGCGGUGGCGGCUGGGGCGGCCGCGCCGGUGUGCCGGCUCCCGGCUGGACGUGCCUGCUGCUCUGCGCCUCGCUCCGGAGCCUGCUGGCCAGCCCCGGCAGCGAGGUGAAUUUACUGGACUCGCGCACAGUAAUGGGGGAUCUGGGAUGGAUAGCCUACCCAAAAAAUGGGUGGGAAGAAAUUGGUGAGGUGGAUGAAAACUAUGCUCCAAUACACACAUACCAGGUAUGCAAAGUAAUGGAACAGAAUCAGAACAACUGGCUUCUGACCAGCUGGAUCUCUAAUGAAGGGGCAUCCCGAAUCUUCAUAGAGCUCAAAUUUACCCUGAGGGACUGUAAUAGUCUUCCAGGAGGGCUUGGGACUUGCAAAGAGACUUUUAACAUGUACUACUUUGAAUCAGAUGAUGAAGACGGGAGGAACAUCAAAGAAAAUCAGUACAUCAAGAUUGAUACCAUCGCUGCUGAUGAGAGCUUCACUGAGUUGGACCUUGGAGACAGAGUUAUGAAGCUAAAUACAGAGGUGAGAGAUGUUGGGCCCCUAACCAAAAAGGGAUUCUACCUCGCUUUCCAGGAUGUGGGUGCCUGCAUUGCCCUGGUCUCAGUGCGUGUGUACUACAAGAAAUGCCCGUCAGUGAUCCGCAACUUGGCCCGCUUUCCUGACACCAUCACAGGAGCGGAUUCUUCGCAGCUGCUAGAAGUGUCAGGCAUCUGCGUCAACCACUCGGUGACUGACGAGGCUCCGAAGAUGCACUGCAGUGCUGAGGGGGAGUGGCUGGUGCCCAUCGGAAAGUGCUUGUGCAAGGCAGGGUACGAGGAGAAGAACAACACCUGCCAAGUAUGCAGACCUGGGUUCUUCAAAGCUUCACCCCACAGUCCAUCCUGCAGCAAAUGUCCCCCUCACAGCUACACGCUUGAUGAAGCAUCCACAUCUUGCCUGUGUGAAGAGCACUAUUUUAGGAGGGAAUCAGACCCACCUACAAUGGCCUGUACAAGACCCCCCUCUGCUCCUCGGAGUGCCAUCUCAAAUGUUAACGAGACUAGUGUCUUUCUGGAAUGGAUUCCCCCCGCUGAUACUGGUGGAAGGAAAGAUGUGUCUUAUUAUAUUGCAUGCAAGAAGUGCAACUCACACUCAGGGCAGUGUGAGGCGUGUGGCAGUCAUGUCAGGUACCUCCCCCAGCAAACCGACUUGAAAAACACCUCUGUCAUGAUGGUGGAUCUGCUUGCUCAUACAAACUAUACCUUUGAAAUUGAGGCAGUGAAUGGAGUGUCCGACCAGAGCCCUGGAGUACGGCAGUAUGUGUCUGUACAUGUAACCACAAAUCAGGCAGCACCUUCUCCAGUCAGUAGUGUGAAAAAAGGAAAGAUAACUAAAAAUAGCGUCUCCCUUUCCUGGCAGGAGCCAGAUCGACCCAACGGCAUCAUCCUGGAAUAUGAAAUCAAAUAUUUUGAAAAGGACCAGGAGACGAGCUACACCAUCAUCAAAUCAAAAGAGACAACUAUUACAGCCGAUGGCUUGAAACCGGGCUCAGCGUACAUCUUCCAGAUCCGCGCACGGACAGCUGCUGGAUAUGGUGGCUUCAGUCGAAGAUUUGAGUUUGAAACCAGCCCAGUGUCAGUAGCUGCAUCCAGUGACCAGAGCCAGAUUCCUGUAAUUGUUGUGUCUGUAACAGUGGGAGUUAUUCUGCUGGCUGUCGUUAUCGGUUUCCUUCUCAGUGGAAGUUGCUGCGAUCAUGGCUGUGGGUGGGCUUCUUCUCUGCGUGCUGUUGCCUAUCCGAGCCUAAUAUGGCGCUGUGGCUAUAGCAAGGCUAAACAAGAUCCAGAAGAAGAAAAGAUGCAUUUUCAUAAUGGCCACAUUAAGCUGCCGGGAGUGAGAACCUACAUUGAUCCCCAUACCUACGAGGACCCGAAUCAGGCCGUGCACGAGUUUGCCAAGGAAAUAGAAGCUUCGUGCAUAACAAUCGAAAGAGUUAUUGGAGCUGGGGAAUUUGGAGAAGUCUGCAGCGGGCGGUUGAAACUGCAGGGAAAACGUGAGUUUCCGGUGGCUAUCAAAACCCUGAAGGUAGGCUACACAGAAAAGCAAAGACGAGACUUCCUGGGAGAAGCAAGCAUCAUGGGGCAGUUCGACCACCCCAACAUCAUCCACCUGGAGGGCGUUGUCACAAAAAGCAAACCAGUAAUGAUAGUAACUGAAUACAUGGAGAAUGGUUCCCUGGAUACAUUUUUAAAGAAGAACGAUGGGCAGUUCACAGUCAUUCAGCUGGUUGGGAUGCUGCGAGGCAUCGCAUCUGGGAUGAAGUACCUGUCUGACAUGGGGUAUGUGCACAGAGAUCUCGCUGCCAGGAAUAUCCUCAUCAACAGCAACUUGGUCUGCAAAGUGUCCGACUUUGGGCUCUCCAGAGUCCUAGAAGAUGACCCCGAAGCCGCGUACACUACCAGGGGAGGGAAAAUCCCCAUCCGAUGGACGGCACCCGAAGCCAUCGCCUUCCGCAAGUUCACAUCGGCCAGCGAUGUCUGGAGCUAUGGCAUAGUAAUGUGGGAGGUGAUGUCCUAUGGCGAGAGACCGUACUGGGAAAUGACGAACCAAGAUGUGAUUAAAGCCGUGGAGGAAGGCUAUCGCCUGCCAAGUCCCAUGGACUGCCCUGCUGCUCUCUACCAGCUAAUGCUCGACUGCUGGCAGAAAGACCGGAACAGCAGGCCCAAGUUUGACGAAAUCGUCAGCAUGUUGGACAAGCUCAUCCGUAACCCAAGCAGCUUGAAGACAUUGGUUAAUGCAUCGAGCAGAGUAUCAAAUUUGUUAGUAGAACACAGUCCGGCGGGGAGUGGUGCUUACAGAUCAGUGGGUGAAUGGCUGGAAGCCAUCAAAAUGGGACGAUACACCGAGAUUUUCAUGGAGAAUGGAUACAGUUCGAUGGAUGCUGUGGCUCAGGUGACCUUAGAGGACUUGAGGCGCCUUGGAGUGACACUUGUUGGUCACCAGAAGAAGAUAAUGAGCAGCCUCCAAGAGCUGAAGGUCCAGCUGGUGAACGGGAUGGUGCCCUUGUAACUUGCUUUUAAAGUCACUUCCUCGAGUGAUCAGUCCUGCACUUUGUAUACUAGCCCUGAGAUUUAUUUUAACUAAAAAAAGGGAAAUUCAGUGAUUUCUAUAACUGAAGGACACAGGCCUCCACCACAUCAUUUAUAAAGCAGUGUUUUGACUCAAACUUUCCUUUUCUUCCUAUUUGUGUCCUCAUUUUCAUGAAGUAAGUGUAACAUGCAUGGAACAUGGAAAUGGAUCUACUGUACAUGAAGUUAACUGAUUUCUUAUGCUUCAGCAGCAACAACGCCAAGCCUUCCCACCACCUGUUGUCUGUACUUGGGAUACCUAUAUAUAGCACCUUUAUAUACUGAAUUAUGGCAGCACAUGGUAAUACUUCCAAGAACUUACUUGAACAGAGAAGUUUUGUAGCCAUUUAUGGACUCGCUAAAACUGCAGUUUACUUCAAGUCUUAAUUGUCUACAGAAGUGUAUUGAAGAGCAAUAUGAUUAGAUUAUUUCUUGAUAGAUAUUUUGUUUUGUAAAUUUAAAAGAUGCUGUUACACAGCGUUAAGUUAUAGAGACUAGUGUAUAAAUAUGUUGCUUGCUCAAUGGCAAAUACAAUACAGGGUGUAUAUUUUUUUCUCUGUGUUACAAAGUCCCUUUUAGUUUGCUCUUCUGUGAGGAUGCUACAUGAAGACAUGUAUAUACUGUACAGUUUGCUACACAUCAGGUACAAAAUUGGGGGGUUUUUUCAUUGUUUCUUUUUGUUCUCUUUCCCUUCUUGUUUUGCUUCUGUUUUGUGUUGCUGCUAUGCUUUGUAUUCUUGCUGUUGUUUGGUUUUAGCAAUAUAUAAAGCUUUCAUUAGUUUUAAUUACGUAUAUGAGGUAGAAAGCCUUUGCUUAAAUAAAAGACUUUCCUCUCCUCCACCCCAUCCAGGGUGGCGGCAUUGGGAAGAAGAGAAGUAAAAUGGGAUUAAAUCCCCCAGCUCGCAGUGGCCUCUGCGGCAAUGUGGCACCUGGACGGGAUGGCCUUGCCAAAAUGGCGGCGAUCGGAGCCGGGCCUUGCUAAAAGCAGCUGCCUGCCAUCCCCACAUGGCCACCUGGGCACCCGCUGGCUUCUUCCUGCACCAGGCCUGGGGAGGGGGGAGGCUGUAGGCCAGGGCGGCCGAAAGGGCAGUGGCAGACAGGGCUGCCCGACAGGGCUGCCCCUCUCCUGCCUGCUCCCAUGUUGGGCCCCUCCACCACGGGGAAAGCUGGACGCUUUUGGCACAAAGAAUGGAUGCCCGGAUGGCUAUACGGGCGGCUACCAACCUGGGCGCUUUGCAUGGAGAGGAGGGAAACCCAAAGCCAGCUAGAAAAAAUUUUCAUAUUUCUUUUGCUGUUGUUGGGAUUAAUGCAUGCAGUUAUGGUAUUCAUAGGUUGGGUGGGGUUUUUUUUAAGGCUUUAGUAAAGAUAAGGAUUAAAAAAAAAAAUCACUCUGCUCAUGGCAAGUAUUUACUGUUAUUCUAGACACAUUGCUUCUUCAGAGGUGCUGGGGAGCAUGUGAUAGAAUUUGUCCUGGCUGAUAAAAUGGGUCCUGCCACCUGGCAAAGCAGAGCCGGAGCAGCACCACCAGUGCUACAAGCAGGCCCAUCUCCUGCCAGCUUUCCCAAAGCACGUCUUCAGUGCCACUUCAGCUGCUUUUAAACAUCUUCAAUUCCCUCAAAGCCCUUGGAUAAGAACUGAUACAAAUACUAGUUUCUAAAGAAAAGGGAUGGAGAAAGGUCUAAAAGGAGAGUGUUUUUUUUUUUUUCUUUUCCUCUCCCCUGCAGAAGCACAUAGGGAUUUUAGGAGCCUAAGUUCCCACAACUUGAAGCAGGGAUUUUUGGUCAAAAAUGUGUCCGUUUUGCAAUGCCAUGCAGAUUCAGCCCUCACCCCACCCCAAGUUCAUAUGCAGGGAUCAGAAAUAGCAGCUGAGGUGUGUGGCAACAGUGGCGCAUGAGGGGAAGGUUUGACAAAUCUUGCUUGUGCGAUUUCUCAUGCCAUUGUUUCAUUUUGCCAGCUGCCAGGCCACAAAAGGAUGGGGAGGAAGAGCAAGACAUAACAAUCUCAGCACGUAAGAGACUUGUCAAAUAAUAAAUAACUUUAUUAGAGCUGUCAGUGGAAGUGUCUCGGGAUUAUUUGUGUCUCCCAGCCUGCAGUGCUUUGGAAAAAUAAUCCGUAGGAAGGCAGGAGCAACGACUUGUUUCUUUGGGAGGAAUCACUCAGUCACUGCUUGCCUCAAUCAGCUGCUCUCAGGGAGAUGUUAAUUAAGCAAAUUUCUGCCCCCCUUCUUUCUGUGGGUUGUCUUUGGUCACUCAUUAACUGUGGAGCCCAGUGAAUUCUGGGGGUUGUUCUGUUUUACGGGCUUUUAAAAUGAAAUUCUUUUCACUUUUGUGGCUUUGGAAAGCAGUACACAGGAUUUCUGGGAUGCACCACGUGAAAGUGAGAGCGACAUUCUUGAUGAUAGACUGUAGUAAUUACUGGAUGCUGGAGUAACCUUCAAAAUACCCUUCAGCCAAACUAGUGGCAAGCAAACUAUUCUUAAGCCAGAUGGCAUUUGUAAAUAGGACGCCUGCACUCGGUUCCUUAAAUAAAUGCCCUUUUAUAUUUAUUUCAAGUGCUGUUCUUGCUACAGAUUUCUUAUAAGCUUUGAGCAAAGCAAAAAAGCUAAUGUUUUAAAAAAAACAGGGUCAAGAAGUUACAACUUCUACAUCUGUGCUCAAGUUCCAGAGCAAAAUCUGAGAUUUUUUUUUUUGUUAAUUUCAGAGAGAACUGCCAGUCCUCAGUAUUUGGGAAGUUAGACCAUUUAUUGGGGGCAUCGCUUAUGGAUUUAGGGUUUUUCACUUCAUGUGGCUUUUUCCAAGGCCUCAGGGAUUUUGCAGCACCUCCUGGGAAAUCACAGCUUUAGCCGCUCUCCUGGCCUGCCAAGCUGGGCGGCACAAAGCACAUGUGGAGAAGUGCACCUUUGAAAGGCGGCUAGGAAUUGCAUUUUGUGCUAGGAAGAGUUGCAAGGUAAAAAUGUAUAGGCUUACGCUGAGAUGUUAGAAAUGGUGAUUGCACGUAGUGCGAUGUAGAGAACAAGAUCGCAGUGGUAUUUUUCUGAUGCAAGCAUCGUAAUGAGCAACACAGGGCAGUUUGCCGCCCUUGCUAGCCGUGUGCUGGCCAUUUACACCAUACUGAAAUGUGCAAGCGUUAGAUAUGCAAAGGCAGCAGUUUUCAUUCACCAGCCCCAAAUUGAGAGUGGGAGGUGGAUUUCCUCUCUAGGAUGAGCUGAAGCAGUUUGCUUGCCCAUCUUGUUUUGCUGCUAAGUGGGAGGAAGUCUUUCAAACAGAGGGGAGGUCUUUCCAAAAGGGUUUUUUUUCUUCUUGGGACAAGGAAGUCUUCCCAAGCAUAGCUUGUUUAGACUAACCCCCAUUCAUUGUUUAGUUACCACUUGGAAAAUUUAUCUAAUUAUAAAAAGAGGAAGACUGAAUUUAAAAAAGAUCAGUUUUAGAUUUUAUUUAUUCUGUCCAUAGGCUAACAGCAAGAAGAAAUAAAGGUGAAGAUUAAAAAUUUUUUUGUCUGCUCAGUGUUGAAUAUAAAAAUGUAGAAGUCCCAGUCAGUAGUCAAGAAAUUGUGAUUCCUUAGACUGCCGUAGUUGUGAAAUUAGUCAUUAAGGAGUGUGUGAACUACAUCGGUAGCGGUCUAAGAGUAAUGCUUAGUUUUGAGUCCUUUAUUAAUGUUCCUUGCAAUUCCUUAGGGCAGGUAGGUCAGGAGCUCUUGUGUUAAGUACUGCCCAAAUCGCAGCAUUCAUCUCAGCACCUUGCAGCAGCAGUUUAAUUCAUAGAAGACUUUAGCAUUGCCACAUUUAUGCCUUCUUUUUUUUUUUCUCCCCCUUUCUUUUUGACACUCUCUGUGCAUUCUGUUUGUGUACAUGUUACAUGUUUUUGUAGUGUAAGAUAUGAAAUUUUAUAUUUUUUCAUAAAAAUAAAAAAAUCUUUGAAUACCA